GCUACACAACUCGGAAAGCCAUAAUUUUGCUUUUGCGCUGGUCAACAUUGCGCUCGAUGCGAAAUUGACAAGUGGCGUAAUACGUCCAAAGUGAGUUUCUAUUGGAUAAAUUCAGGCUGACUAGCGAAAUAAGAUGACGUCUCCUAAAAAGCAAGGUUUAUUACGGGAGGCAUCUCACCAGAUCAUUGCCGGUGGAUCAGCAGGUCUGGUGGAGAUCCUAUUGAUGCACCCUCUAGAUGUGGUGAAGACCAGGUUUCAGAUCCAGAGAGGCACCAGUGAUCCACACAGCUACAAGAGUCUCGCUGACUGCUUUAGAACCAUCUUCCGCAACGAAGGUAUAUAUGGCUUCUAUAAGGGGAUCCUCCCGCCAAUCCUAGCUGAGACCCCAAAGAGAGCAGUUAAGUUCUUCACCUUUGAACAGUACAAGAAGCUGCUCAGUCUCACCGGUCUGUCCGCUGGUCUAGGUCUGUCAGUAGCAGGUCUAGGGUCAGGUCUGACCGAGGCAUUGGUGGUCAACCCAUUUGAAGUGGUCAAAGUCAGCCUGCAGGCCAACAGAGAUUCAUUCCAAGUGCAGCCCUCCACGUUUGCCCAAGCACGGAACAUCAUCAACGCAGGCGGCUUUGGCCUGCGAGGGCUGAAUAAAGGGUUAACGUCGACCCUGGGGCGCCACGGCGUCUUUAACAUGAUCUACUUUGGAUUCUAUUUCAAUGUCAAGGACGCCAUUCCUGCCAGCCAGGACCCAACCCUGGAGUUCCUAAGGAAGUUUGCUAUUGGCCUGGCCUCAGGAACCAUCUCUUCCUGUGUCAACAUUCCCUUUGACGUGGCCAAGAGCCGCAUCCAGGCUCCCCAGCCCAUACCGGGAGAGAUCAAGUACCGGACCUGCUUCCAGACCAUGGGCCUGGUCUACCGGGAGGAGGGAUACUUGGCGCUGUACAAAGGACUGAUCCCCAAGAUCAUGAGACUCGGACCAGGUGGAGCUGUGAUGCUGCUGGUGUAUGAAUACGUAUCUGGAUGGUUAAAUAAGAACUGGUGAUGAGAAGAAGCCCAGCAGCAUGCCUUAAGGUUCCCACCAGGCACCCUGAUGAUGCCCACCAGGCCGUUUACUGAAGCGCACCAGACAGCUGCCAUAGGGGGCCUGCUCUCUCAGGUUCCAACACCCACAGGCCCCCUAAACCCUGUGACCUCCAAUAGACUGUUCCAGCUAGUGCCCGUCCCAUACAUACAACUAUAGUACGACCAGAGUGCAACCAUAGUACAACCAGAAUACAACCGUAAUACAACCAUAAUGCACAACUACUGAUUUAACACUUAUCUAUUAUCCAUAUUACAGCCAUACAACGUCCAAGCUCAUCUUCCAUUACAAUCAGUAAUAAUCCACCUAGACAAAUCAAGGCCCUACCUUAUCUAAUACACAAACAUUAUUGGGAACAACUUACACUCAUAAUUCAAUACCCAUGCAUGCCAUUACAUACUGUGUGCAUAGAUGAGUCCUAUAUUGUGUCUCGCUGCCAUACUAAUGUAAUCCUAUUUAACAUACAGGGGGUUUAAAGUCCACUUCAAACUAUUACCCACAGACACAGUGUUCCAAGCCCAAAUGUCCAGAUUACACACACACUCUCCAACCACAGUGCCGUAAUUCACAGACGACUUCACAUAAACGGAAUCAAGCACUGGAUGAAACCUCCAGUAAAAUUCUGCAAUUUUUGUACACAUUGAAUAGAAAUUACAAAAUCGUCAUAGAAGACAAUAGAGACUUACAUUGAUAUCCAGAAAAAUACUUGCUUGAAAUAGUUUGUGAUUUUAAUGUAUUUUUUCAUAGAAUAUCUUUUUCAAAGUCCCCAUGAAGCUGCCUACUUGUAUGUGACAGAUUAAAACACAUCAAACUUGAA